AUGGCUCAUCCAUUCCUCCUUGACGUGCCCGUCCCGGGUCGUGAUCCAGACGAAACUAAGACUCCAGAACCGAGUAACCAUGAGCAAUCUGGUACGCGUCAAGCCUUCGACGGACGUGCAUCCAAGGAUGCAAACGCUCACAGCUCACCUUUCGAUCGAGACUGUGGCUCCACAUCUGACUCCAUAGGCCAAGACACAGACGCCAGCAUCGAACCUUCAAAGCUUCGAGAUAUCGCAUCCAAGCUCCGCGCCGACCGCCGAGACCGCGCUGUCCUUGGCCUGACCGCAUCUGAUGGCGAAGGUGAGGGGGGAGCUAUAUCUAGUAGUUCCUUCCCUACUCAGCGACGCGGACACGCAUCGCCCGUCAUCACCAUCAAGUCAGAAAGCACCCGAGACCCCGAAACGCCGUAUCCAUCUGGAGACAUUACUGGCAUUCAAGGAACCAGACCCGAUCUUGCAGAGCCGGAGAUCAAGCCCGACCCCGAAGAAGAAUCAGACACCACCUGGCCAGCCCAGGCGUCGGGCGUGGACAUUGUGCAUGGGAUCAAGCGUUCUGCAAGCCACGCAUCUGAAGAGGAUGCAGAAGACGAGAAACCACCGCCAAGGAAGAGAGGCCGAGCAAAGAAGGAGCCUCCGCCGCCUCUCUACAAAGCUACUGCGGAAAGAGCGAAAGGAACCAGCGAAAUCCCCGGGGGCUUGGACAUCGAUGACAGCGUCCUCGCCAAGCUCAGGAAGUGCUUUGAACGUGCAGAGCACGAGAAUGCAUCCGAGGCCGAGGCUAGAGCCGCCAUGUUCCUCGCUGGGAAACUGAUGCGUCAAUACAAUGUGGACAAGGCCGAGGUCAUGCAAUACAAGACGCCCGAAGAGCUGCAACAAUCCACGGGAUCUAGCGAGGUUGUUAUCUACCGUCGAGAUGGAGCUACGACUCCAAUACCCAUAAGGCAAUGGGUGUCGGAUCUGGCAGGUGCCAUGGGCAUCUUCUUCGACGUCAAGACAUAUUCGAGCACUCCUAAGAGCCGUUUUCUGGUGAGGUGGGUCUUUUAUGGAAUCGCUCAAAACACUGCUUCCGCGGCGUUGGCCUUCGAAAAGAUAUACAACCUUAUCCUGGACUGGGCUCGGUUCAAGAAAGGGAUUGCCGUAACCAACAGUUACUGCCUUGGCAUCGCUGCUCAGCUGCGUAAAGACGCCAAGAAAGAGAAGGCCGAGGAAAUGGAGGAAGCGAAGAAAAGUGAAGCUGCACAGCUGGCCAUCAGAGAGCAAGAGGAACAGUCACAGCGCGAGAAGGAGUUGCAGCGUCUUCAGCCGACGGUAGAAGAAGAGCUUGAACCGAAGCCCGAACCGAAGCCCGAACCGAACUCUCAGACCGCUGAAAUUGGGGGCUUUGAAGGAACACCAGGCGCUGACAUGAGUAGUCCAAAGCUGGAAGCGGAUUCGGAAGACAGCUUUGACUUUGGCAGUGCACUUCCGAACAAUGGAAACUCAACCACCAACGACGAUAUACGAUCUCCGACCAACAACGACGAAGACGAAAACGAAAGUGAUGACGACGAGCCGGAUUUCGUCAAUGAUGACGAGGACAAUGAGGACCAGCAGCAAUCUGGUGACACUGAUAAGGCGAUUGAUGACAUUAUUAAGAAUACACCUGCAGUGGAGGCUUGGCCGCAGCCCACUUCUCCGUCACCAGAGCCCACCACGACUUUCCCAAAGGAAAGUCCAGAGCCGGAUGUUCAGUGGAAGUCCCCGAUGCAACUCACGGUAUUCAGAGAGACGGCGGCCAAGGCCGCGGACGAGUACCUUAAGGCAAAGGGUAUGAAGCUUAAAACUCGUCGCAGAGGUGCUAAGGCCAAGGAUGCGAAGGCUUUCCAGGAGGGAGUCAAAGACGCAAAGAAGAUUGACGUCCGCCAGAAAGCUAUUGAUGACAAGGAGCAGAACAUCCAGGAGAAAAACGACGGCUGA